UUAACCGAAAAUAGUGAUGAGUUAUCUAAGCCAAAAUCAUCGUCAUAUCUCAGUCCUCAUGUAGUGGAGUCAUCUGUUCCUAACCCGGCAAGCAAUCGAACUUUUCCUAAAAGAACUUUCAGCAGAACACGCGUAUGGACUGCUAAAACAAGCACCGAAGCUACGCUAGUGGAGACCACGACAGUGAAAAAUAUGUCUGAGAGUGAAGAAGUCCACAUGAAAUGGAAGAACUUUGAGAAGUCUGCCAAAAAAUUGAUUGAUAGUCAAAUGAAAAAAGCUUUGCCGAAGUUCCUGCAAUUCGGACUCUCUUCUAACAUUUCUGCGGAAUGUUCCAGCAGCAUCUUGGCCUUGGUGCAUGGGAUAAGAGGGAUGAAAAGUUGGGCGUUUAGAAUGCUAGACGCCAGUGCCAAACUGCCAUCUGGAAUUCUAGAUGGAAGUCUUUCCGACUUCGGAGAAUUUGACGAGUGUCUCGCUGUGCAAAAGCUUGACAAGAAGAAGAAAGUGCAGUUCACUGGACAAUAUUGCACCGUAGAAGCAAGACCUCUGCUUCCAGCAGUGCCCCACCGUGUGCAGUUCAAAACUGUUGUCUUAGACUUUAGAAACUUUUCACAACCAGACUCGGUGCUCACAGAUUUUGCUUCCAAUGCAAAUAUGUUUUACUUAAUGAACCUCAGGCUGGGUCUGUGUUUACCAUCUUCAUGUUCAGCUGCAGAUAUCCAAAACAUUGCAAAUUCAGCUCUGAAAGAACUACCACUGAAAGCGAAAGUUGCUCAUUGUCAAGUCAAAGAGCCGUAUCAUUUCACACGACUCCAGAUUGCUGUCAUAUGCAUAAUUGCAAUUAUGGUACUAAUCAUAAUCAUUGGCUCAUAUUUGGAUACAAUGGCACCACAUCAAAAAUCUUUCAUUAGAGUACCAUCAGGCAUGGUAGCUGACAGUUUGAAAUGCUUCUCGAUAAACAAGAACCUGGAAAAGUUGUUGAAGAUAAGUCAUUCUAAGGAGAACUUUGGAGUUUUAAAUGGACUUCGAGUUUUUUCCAUGGUGUGGGUUGUUUUAGUUCACACUUAUGGAUUUAGCCAUAAACAAUCAUUCUCUCGAAUGAAAAACGCUCAAGAUGCUUUAGAUGAAGUAACGUUCGGGACAAUCAUCAACGCUUGGGUUAUCGUUGAUACAUUUUUCGUUUUAGGUGCUUUUUUAGUUUCACAUUCAAAUUUAAAAUCUCUCGAGAAGGACGACGGGAAGAUGAAACUUGUACGCUAUUACUUACACAGAAUUUGGAGAUUAACCCCACCUGUUGCUGGUGUCAUCCUCAUCAUGUUCCUUCUGCCGCUCUUGGGAUCAGGUCCCUUAUGGAAGGAUGUUAUAGGCAAGCAAGUGGGAAACUGCGAGAAAUAUUGGUGGCAGGUUCUUAUCAUUCCCAUUAACACGUGGACAAGCUUUGAUGACAUGUGCCUUCUUCACACAUGGUAUAUUGCAUCGGACCUGCAUUUAUAUUGCAUUGCUCCACUCAUAUUGAUUCCAUUAUACAGGUGGCCUGUGAUAGGGUUCCUGGUCAUGGCCCUCCUGAUGGCUUGCUGUAUGGGAAUAGUAGCAAUUCUGACUGUCGUCAACGACUUUUAUCCCACCCUUCUGUACUUCACACCUAAUGAACAAUUCACGCAGUACUUGUGCGAUCUCAUGUAUUUCCGACCUUAUCCUCAUAUGGGAGCCUACUGUGUAGGUUUAGCUCUAGGAUAUUUCGUUCUUAACUACAGAAAAAUCGAUAUCAAACCCGUCUUCCAGGUGCUGGGAUGGUGUGCGGCAAUCUCUUGCAACUUGGCCGUACUUUAUGGAGCAUUUGAGUGGAAUCGUGGCAACAUUCCGAACAGAGUAGUCGACGUCACUUAUGCCAUGCUUCACAGGACAGCUUGGGCGCUGGGAAUCGCCUGGCUAAUAUUCAUUUGCGUCACGGGACGAGGAGGAUUGGUGAACAGAUUUCUCUCGUGGGAUUUGUUCGUUCCCUUAGGAAGACUGUCCUAUUCUGCAUACAUCCUCCACUUUCCUGUUUUAUGGGUAAAGAAUGGGUUAAGAAGAGAGCCUUUACGCUUCCAUCAUUAUCAAAUAUUUUAUGAGUUCCUUUCAACACUGAUAUUGACUUUGUGUCUCUCCCUGACGUUCCAUUUGCUGUUUGAAGCUCCUUUCCUGAAUUUAGAAGAAUUGUGGUUCCCUAAGAAUGGAAAAAAAGAAAAGCAAAGAAAAUCGGAUAACGGCACGACGAUCGUACCGGUUGCAAAACUGGAAAAUGGUAGAAUUCAUGGAACUUCUACUGAUAUAUUUUCUGUUAGACUUUAGUUUUUGCUUCGUUUUUAUUCUGUAUAUAUUUGUGUUUUAAGUUCAA